UCACAAAGGUAUACGUCACCACAUGCGAAUGAGGAAAUGGGUGGAAGAGUCAAGAAGAAACCCGUUUCGUCAUUGAUUAGCAACUUUUUGCUAAUUUUCGUUAGCGUAGAUUUAGUCUUAGGAUAUGAGACCACCUAUGAAUUUGGAAAAUACUGCUCAUCAUACCCUAACACCGAUUUAGAUACCGAUGAUGAAAUGUACGUUGAGUACAAUGGAAAGACAGUUGAUUUCCUUUGCGAUACCUUCGCAUUCAGAGGAGGUGGAGAUGACAUCUUUGACGAGUACUCCGUCUGUGUGACUCCUCUUUAUUUCAAUGACAGUGACUGUGCAGUCAAAUUAAACUUCAAAACAUCCCUUACUGGAGUCACUAAACACAUCAUAACAUGCACUGAAAAUAAAAGCGCCAAAUAUUGUGGAGUGCAAAAAGAAAUUAUCUACAUAGAGUUUAAGAACCGGAACGGCAAAGAAACAAAUGAAACCAAAUUUAAGCUACAGAUCACAGCGAAGAAAGAUUAUGAUUACAACAGACCCGAUUCAUCUGAUAUUCCAUCUGGUGCCAUAGUUGGAGGUAUCUUUGGCAGCUUCUUUCUUAUCGUACUUUGCAUUGCUAUAGUUCGCUGGUGUGUAGCUAUACAAAAACCACCUCAGGCUCAGGGGAGAGUACUUAAUUCGACAGAAGGAUAUCCGGAUACGCCUAACCCGUAUAUGGUUUAUGGUGCCGAAACACAACAGAACAUAAUGCUGACACAUUCCAAUGUUACAUCUCCAAAUGGUUAUCCAAUGACAUUACAUCCAUCACCGCAAGAAGCAGCAUGUCCACCGAUAAUUGACAACAAGUUUUCAAGUCCACCUCCCAGCUAUGACUCGUUGAUGGAGUCGUCAACCUUACACGUUAAAGGCGCAAUCCAAGAAUCGUCCUAAAUUAACCUGCUAUUAUGAUGUUGUACGCAGCACAUGUUCGAAUAAGUCUUAAUUUUUUUUGUCACAUGAGAGACGAGAAUGCUCUAUAUCAAUUCCAACAUUUUUUCUUGUUUCCACUUGUUACAAGUUUUAUACUUGCAUCCAGUCUCAAUCUUUAUAUAUUUUCCAAUAUAACAUAGACAUUGCUAAAUUCUAUCAUUUCAUUUAAGAAUAAAAAUUUCAUAUCUAAAGAGAUGUCUACAUAACUGCAGAUAACUACAUUUAUAUCAAUCAUUCUUUACGUGGAGAAAGAAGGUAGAGACCUUGAUUUGACCUUGAAGUUGAAACAAAGGUCAAAUUUGAUUAAACUGAUUGACUCAAGAGAAACAGAGAGAGUGAGAGAAAGAGAGUGGUUGGAAAGAGAUAAAGAGGGAGAGAGAGAGAGUAUCAUAUCACUUUUACUAUAUUGAGUUGGUGUCUUUUGUAGUCGUCAAAAAAGUUUUCAAUUCAAUCUCUGUUGAAGCUGACCGUUGUGAUAUUGUAAGUGGAUCCUAAUGUGAAGAGAAAAAAAGGGAGAGAAAAAGUUUUAAAUUUAUCAUCUAGUUUGAAACGAGAGAAUUUUUUAUUAUUGUAUUCGUAUUACUUUAUUUUGAAUUUUGAAAAUAACAUGCACUGAAUAAAGCGGCAUGAUAACAGCUUGGCAAAAUUUUAAUAAUUACUUUUCAUUUGACACAAUUUUUUUUCUUCACUUUUUAACAUAUUUAAACAAUGUCACCAGAUCAUGACAAUAAGCCGAGCAAGAGAAGAUAUCUGUAUA